AUGACGACUGGCGCAGAAAUCGGAGCAUCGUUCAUGCAAGUCUUGUUCUCUCACAUGGUCUCUGCUCAUCCCGAAAUGCUUGCUCAUUCGCCCAACUUCACCUCCACCCAACCUCCUACCUCAGCGCAGGCAGAAAGUCUUUGCCGAGCGAAGCGAUCCCAAGCAGAGACGGUCGGCAAACAUUACCUCACCGUUAUUCCUAUAGUCCCUACUCUCGACGAAGCACUUGCUCCUCCCCUCCCCACCCAUCUUCCCGUCCUGAAUCUGGCAGCUCUGACUCCAGGUCAGGCAACCCAACACGACCUUCUCAAAUGGCGCUGGAUCGCUAACAAGACUCGUCAUUGCCGCAUCGAGCUCGAAAAGUAUGAUGACGAUAUUGCUGGACGGAAAGAAGCGAUCAUCAAAUUCGGUGAGGCAAUGCUGGUUGCUCUAUUCGGCCAGGACUGGACUGCGGGAAUGAAUGCUAGGUGCAAGCCCAGCUGUGUAUACAUGCCUGGUGCUGGCGACGAUCCCUAUGGAUAUGGUCGCGAUUAUGAUUACGGCUAUCCGUACGGAGGGUUGUGGUCGAAAGGGUACUCGAAAAAGGUCGAGGAAAUGUUCACUCGUCCUAGUAAGCCCCCUCCGGGUACUAAGCUGGACGGCUAUGACAAUAAGCCAAAAGAUGGCUUGCGACUUUCCGAGUCAGCUGUGAAGAUGCUCGGCAAGACUCCCGGCGAUAAGACAGCUAAGGCCAACAAAAAAGAGAACGAGGCGGAAGACAACGAAGACCCUUCGGACUCGGACGAGCUUACAGACGACGAUCUUACGGAGCGGCAUACCAACAAUCCAUACUUUUUCAACCCUUACGUCGAGCCAGAUGACAUCGACUACGGCCUUGAUUCCAAUGACUAUGAUCCGGAGUACGGCUACUAUGAUGGAUACGCCGAGGAACACAGCGCUGCGUACAACGAGGCUAUGUUCGACGCGCUGUACGCCAAGUCUUGGGGUGACGAACGUCCGUUCGACGCUAUGUUUGGCGGUGGGAUGGGAUCUGGGUGGGGGGCAGCGAUGAAGAAGGGCAAGAAGCAGGCAAAGGGUAAGAAGAAGGCAAAGAAGAUCAAGAAGGGUACGUUUGUCAAUGCUUUCGUCCCGUAUGAGGAGAAUAAUUGGACCGAUGUUUAUGUCAUUAACAGGGCCAAUCAAGCAAACAGCUCUGCCUCAGCCAAAGCAAAGUCCGCUCCCGAAGAGUCUACUUCGGGUGAAACCAGCACACCUCACAAAACGAACGCUUCUAUCGAUCCCAGCACACCGAAAAAGCCCACCAUGAUGACACCCGUCGCCAAGCAAACAAGUCUGACCUCUAGCCUGGGCCUCACCCACACUCCGACCCCAGCCUCGAUCAGCUCAGUCGGCCUCAACCUAGCAAGCUCGCAAUCCUCUUUCAGUCAAGGGGCUUUCAAGUCGUUCCCACUCCCGGUCAUAUCAAACAGCAAACACUCACUCUUUUCCAAUGCAAACCCCUCGCCAGUGCAAAUCAGCAUCAAAUUUGAUCCAACUGAUGCAGCAGACAAGCCCGAGCCGGGCAAACGAAAAGCCACUGGAUCCUCUUCUUCCACCGAGGCGGGGAAGGUGGGCACUGGCUCAAAGCCGGUCAAGAAGAAGAGUGCGUCUGGUGCUGUUGCCAAGGAAGAAAGAUUAAGAGCCAAUAUGACUACGGGUACCGUGACGGGUAAGUUAGAGGGAGGCAAGGAGAACCCGGGAGCUAAGGGUAAGAAAGACAAAGUGAAGGUAAACGGCAAGGGAGUGGCGAAGGCGAAAGGUGUGAAGCCAAAACAGCCGAGAAUCAAGUACGAGAUGGUGGUUUACAAGAAACCUUACCUACCCUCCACGCGGCCUUGGAGAGAUUGUUGGCAUCGUCGAGGCUACUUUUAA